GCCGCCCCGGAUCGAGCCCCGUGUGCCCAGUCUCAGGCUCCGCCUCCCCCGGCGCCGCGGCGGGUGAGAGGUCAGGCGGGAAGGGCGAUGAUGAUGGCGGCGGCGGAGCAGCUGCGGGUCGGUGUGAAGGCGAGAUCCAGCCGGAGACGCGCAGGAAAUAAACAAUCAAGUAUUUUGAAAAAUGAAGAUGUAGCACAAAGGAGGGCAGCACUUGAGGCUGCUAUUAGAAAGAAGUUUGAAUAUGAGAAAAAAGCUCUGCGUGUUGUUGAACAGCUAUUGGAGGAAGAUAUUACAGAAGAGUUCCUCGUGAAUUGUGGAAGUUUUAUUACCCCAUCUCACUAUAAGGAUGCUGUGGAGGAGCGUUUUAUCAUCAAACUCUGUGGCUAUCCCUUAUGUCGAAAUGGGCUAGAAAAUGUGCCAAAACAGAAGUACAGAGUUUCAACAAAAACAAACAAAGUUUAUGAUAUUACAGAAAGAAAGUGUUUUUGCAGCAAUUUUUGUUACAGAGCAUCUAAAUAUUUUGAAGCUCAGAUUCCCAAAAGUCCAGUGUGGAUGCGAGAAGAAGAAAGACCACCAGAUAUAGAACUGCUGAAGGAGGGGCAAAGUGGCCAGUCUGGGGAAGAAGUAAAACUACAUGAUGAAGUCAUUAAAGUCUCAGAUAUUGAAAAUCCUAAGACAUCAGCAAGCCAGUGUGACUCUGCUUCCCAUGGCACAUACAGUGACAGCAGCAGUGAUACUGAACAAGAAUUUGUUUCCUCUAUUCUACCAGAAAAUCGAUCAAAUGCAACCAGUCUGGUGCAACCAUUGCACAAAAAAAGUAUACUCAAAAAGAAGCCUGGUCAAAAUAUAAACUCCACGCAUAGAGAUGGAGACCAUAGAGUGAUAAAUGUCACCGAACAAUUAAGUGAGUGCAAAUUAGAUAUCCAGGAAAAAAAGAGUUCUUGUUCUGUUACUGGCAUUUCUUCAGACAUUAUUAUAUCAGAAAACUUAAAAAAUCCAGAAAACUAUGAAAGUAGGUGUAAUGGUUCACAAGUAGUUUUGCUAGGUGUGAGCAAAGAGGGGGCAGAACAACUCAAAAAAAUACUUGCUAAAUCAAAGCAGCAUAUCAAACCUGAAAUGAGUGCACCAGUUGAUUCCUUUACUGCUACACGUAAUGUGUUAGAUGUGCUUAAGCAGACUUUUAUUGAAUGGAGAACUGAAGAAACUUACAAGUUUCUCUGUGGAUCCAGCUAUGCUACUGUACACUUACCAGAACACACAUCAGCUGUCAACUGUGAGAAAGAAGAACUUGAUGAGGAUGACUUAGAAACAGCAGAUGACCUUAAUGACGCUGCUGCUGCUACAAGGGAAUCUAAAAACAGUUUGAACCAGUCUUUGCCUUUUGGGGGCACAGGUGCAACAGUUAAACCUUUGCCUAGCUAUGAAAAACUAAAAGAAGAAACAGAACUAUUAGGACUAAGAGUAAAGGAAUUCUAUAAAGGAAAAUGCCUCUUGACUGAAGAAGCAACAACACAGGUGGAAGGAGCAGAGCAUCCUAGCAGUGUUAAAGAUGACCAGCAGGGUGAUCCCAUCCUCCCGCUUGUAGAUUCUCAUGCCCAAAUGCAGAUUCGAAAGCAGAUUGUACUUGAAAAAUUGAGGAAAGUAUUGCCUGCAGUUUUGGGUCCUCUUCAGAUUACACUAGGUGAUGUUUACAUGGAGCUGAAAAAUCUUGUCAAAACUUUCAGGUUAACAAAUACAAAUAUUAUUCACAAAAUGCCGGAAUGGACCCUAAUUGCUGUUGUGUUGUUAUCAGCGUUGUCACAGAUUAUUCCAGUCUUUGCAAAUUCUCAACAGAGUCCAGUAUAUACACAGUUCCUGUCCACGUUACUUGAAGAAUUGCAUUUCAAUAAAGAAGAUCUUGGAAGUUUAACAAGAAUAUUUAGACAUGACAGCAUGCCUGAAUGAAUGAUGAUGAUCUCAAACCUCUUCUUUUGCACCUGAAGUCAGUAUUGAAGUAUUGCUAUAGUGAACAAUAUUUUUUUUUCUUUUGAGAGUUGAAAUUAAGCAUUUUACUUUGCAUCCUGUACUUUCACAUCUGUUUCUUAUGAAGGUGUUCUGAAAUCUUUUUGGACAAGCUA